CAGAUCUGCUCCUCCUUCAGUGAAGCUCCUCCCACAACAAUCACACCUUCAGUGAAGCUCCUCCCACAACAAUCACACCUUCAGUGAAGCUCCUCCCACUGCAGUUCAGCAAUAAAUGCUGGAAUAUUCCCAUCAGUCUACAAGUGAAGACGAGCAUCAGAGCAUCAGGAAGAAGUGAAAUCUGCAGAGACAGAGUUUAUUGAAGGACAGAGAGAACAUGAGAGAUCCAGAACCCUGCAGAAUGAAACACACUGAAGAACAAACAGAUCUGAAAGAGAAGAAACAUGUCAAAACUGGAGGAAAAACUCGCUCACAGACGGAAAGUGUUUCUUUACUGAAAAGAAAAGACAAGAAAAGGUUCACCUGCACUCAGUGUGGAAAGAGUUUCACAUACAAACAGCAUCUCAAUGUUCACAUGAGGAUCCACACUGGAGAGAAACCGUUCACAUGUGAUCAGUGCGGGAUCAGUUUCACACAACAAGGACACCUUCAGAGACACAUGAUCAUCCACACUGGAGAGAAACUGCAUGAAUGUGAUCAAUGCGGUAAAACAUUUUUGAGGGCUUCAGUCCUGAAGGAGCACCUGAACAUUCAUACGAAGGAGAAACCACAUUCAUGUUCUUUGUGUGGAAAGAGUUUUUCACAUCUGCAGAAUUUAAAAGUUCAUCAGAAGAUACACACUGGUGUGAGAGAUCAUAUGUGCUUUGAGUGUGAGAAGACUUUUAUUACAGCUGAUCAAUUGAAACAGCACCAGAGGAUCCACACUGGAGAGAAACCUUACAAGUGUUCACACUGUGACAAGAGAUUCAGUCAGUCCGCACAUCAGAAAUCACAUGAGAGGAUUCACACUGGAGAGAAACCGUAUCACUGCAUGCAGGAAGAGUUUCACUAAUUUCUCUUCUCUACGAAGUCAUAAAAUACACAAUCACAUUAAGUAGUUCAUCUUCUGGUAAAGUGCUUUAAACUGCAACAUUGGAUCUCUUCCAUAUUAAUCUGUCAUAAGAAACCUCAUCUAAAUUUGUCACAGAACAUCAAGUUCAUCUUCAAGACCAGCAGUUUCAUCUGUGAGAUUCAGAUAAACUCAAAAGCCCUAUUCAGACGGUAAUCGCUUCUCAAGGGGACGCAAGUUAUUUUCACCAUUUACAGGGGGUAGUCAGUCAUUUUAUUGCCGGCCAAAUCCAGAAUGUCGGUGUUUAUCUCUCACCACCCCUGUAAAAAUACCUGGUCAAAUUACCUACUGUUGUUUGAUAAACACCAAGCUCGUGUGAUAAUUAAAUUGCUGUCCGAAUUCACAUCUCUGAGUUUACAAGAAGAAAUCAAUUAAAAAUUCAGUGUUUAAUACCUUUUUGACAACUGCCGAACACUGUACGGUAUCUAAAGUUUUAUUCUUGUAUACAAUUUUGCUUCAUGAUAUAAAUUAUAUAAUUAUGCUUUAUUACAUGUUUAAUUUUAUGUUCAAAAUUCUCGUUCAUUUAUAUUUUUACUCACUUUUUGUAUUUGUUUCACAAAGAAUUAAAAACAUUUAGUUUUGUUGUUUGCAGCGCUGAACCUAAUGUCUAUUCAGUAGUUAGCUAAUGCAGAUAAUACAGCAACACAAACUGUUUUCUUUUUUUUUUUUUUUUUUUUAGAUAUUUGUGUACACAUGACCAGAGGUGGGUAGAGUACCCAAAAACUGUACUCAAGUAGAAGUAAAAGUACUUGAAGAAAUAUUUACUCAAGUAAAAGUAAAAGUAAUAGUCUGAAUAGUUACUUGAGUAAGAGUAAAAAAGUGUCGGAUAAAAAAACUACUCAAGUAGUUAGUUACUAGUUACUUUGGAUCAUAUACUGAAUAUAGUCUAUUUUUAUUUAGAUAUAUAGAUAUUUAGAUACAUUUUUAUACACACACACACUGC